CAUUCGAUAUUCUUUUGUUGGUGAGUUUUGUCUGCUGCUGUGGUGGGGUAAAGGGGACACUUGUCCUUCAACGUUUUAUUGGAUGGUUCUGUAAAUUUCAGCGUUAUUCGCUGUUGAAACGUUUGAAGAAGAGUGCUCACUUUAAACAUGGCUUUGCUGAGGCAACUUGUGAGUCGGAAAGGCUUGCCAAUUAAACCAGCGCUUUUGUACAACUCCUCACGAUCAGCUGCCAGGGUCUUAACUGACUACAUGCCAGCACCAUACCCCAAGACAGAGAAGGAACGACUCGAGGCUGCAAAGAAGUACGGCUUACUCCCAGAGGAAUAUGAACCUAUUCCAGAUGAUGGUUUUGGCCGUGGUGAUUACCCCCGUCUUCCUGAUAUAGGAGCUGAUUCUAAGGAUCCUUGGUACCCUUGGGAUUUGCCCGAGUAUAGGAAAAAUUAUGGUGAAGUUUGGCAUAUUGAUUCCGACAUGCUUGGAGAGGACAGGUGUGAUCCUCAAAAAGACUGGUGGGUUGAUAAAAGGGUCAUGGUCGGAAUGUUGGUUGGAGUCCUUGGUACAUUCUGGACGAUUGCUAUGUUGACAGAUCCCUACCCUGUGCACAGACCUGUUUCUGCCAAACAGAUUCCUGGUAAAGCGGCUAAAGAGAGUGGGAAAAUCUACUACACAUUUUAAAAGAGUAACUGAUACUUUAUUACUUAGAAAGCUCAUAUUUUGAGUCACCUAAAUUGUAUAGUGUACAAAGGGCUGGAAAUUAAAGUUAUGAUAUACAAACAACUCUUCUAAAUAUCUGCUCAUAAUAAAUGUCAUGUUUAACACUUUUUUAAAAUGAAAUUUGAAUAUCUUCUUUUCCUUUCAAGUUAGGAAAAUUAUGUAUCCAUUUGAAUUUUACCACCAGUGUACGAUGGAGUUUAUUUGCACAUUAGUGUAUUAAACUUGUUGAUACCUAUAA